AAUAGGUGGAAGAAGUCUCAUCUCAUUAUCUGUAGCCGCUUUAUCCUGUUCUACAGGGUCGCAGGCAAGCUGGAGCCUAUCCCAGCUGACUACGGGCGAAAGGCGGGGUACACCCUGGGCAAGUCACCAGGUCAUCACAGGGCUGACACAUAGACACAGACAACCAUUCACACCUACGGUCAAUUUAGAGUCACCAGUUAACCUAACCUGCAUGUCUUUGGACUGUGGGGGAAACCGGAGCACCCGGAGGAAACCCACGCGGACACGGGGAGAACAUGCAAACUCCACACAGAAAGGCCCUCACCAGCCACGGGGCUCGAACCUGGACCUUCUUGCUGUGAGGCGACAGCGCUAACCACUACACCACCGUGCCGCCCCAGGUGGAAGAAGUAACUUCAUAUGCUUAGGAAUAAUGAUGGUUCCUGAUAAAUGUCCCGACCAAACAAUGGCUGCCAGUACGGAGCAGAUGGACACAUCGCUCCCUCCUGGAUGGACAAGAGAGACAAGACAACGAAAGAAGGGCAAGACAGCAGGCAAAAUGGACACUUACAUCAUCAGUCCGCAGGGUAAACGCUUCAGAUCCAAAGCAGUACUCCAGAAGUACCUGCUGUCUGAGGAAUGUGUCCAUCUAAAUCUGGACGCUUUUGACUUCACACCAAAAAUCAAAGCACAGUCUGAAAAGCCACAACGAAAAGCCCAAAAAGCAGGAAGAAGAAAAGCAAAACAGACGACAGAAAAUCAAACUAUAGAAAAUCAUCCUGGGUUAGGUGUGAGAGAAAUGCAGGAUGGAGAGAUGACGACAGUGGUGGAGGAGAACAAUAAUAUGGAAACCCGGAUGCAGGAAAUAAUGAGUAAUGAAGAACAAAAGGACAUUGAGAGCGAAGUUGAGGAAGCGUCCAGCAGUGUGAGAGAAAGCGGAUUGGCCACUGUUCCUGUCAUAAAUGUACAUGCAGCAUCGGAGAACGAAGGAGAAGAUAGAGAUGAGGAGGACGAAAGAGAAGAAAGCGAUGAAGUGAGUGACAGCCAAAUAAGUGAUGCAACCGGAAGCGGGAUCAACUCACCUGUUCGGAACACACAGAAUGGGACAAACGUCCUUUCAGAGAAGCGGAGAACCAGUCCAUACUUUAAAAAAAGGCAUAAUGGUCUCAGUCCUCCAAAACGUAAAGCAUUCAGGAAGUGGACUCCUCCACGUUCACCCUUCAAACUGGUACAAGAAACCUUAUUUCAUGACCCAUGGAAGCUUCUUGUGGCCACCAUCUUCCUCAACAAAACUAGUGGAAAACUGGCCAUACCCAUGUUGUGGCAGUUUUUUGAGCGUUACCCAUCUGCUGAGGUAACGCGUGCCAGUGACUGGAAGCCUCUCGCUGAUCUCAUGCAUCCGCUCGGUCUCAACGCCCUACGAGCCAAAACAAUCAUCCGCUUCUCCGACGAGUUCCUCACCAAGUCAUGGCGGUAUCCCAAUGAGCUCUAUGGCAUCGGCAAAUAUGGCAACGAUUCAUAUCGCAUAUUCUGUGUGGGAGAAUGGAGAGAGGUCACCCCAGAAGACCACAAGCUGAACAAGUAUCAUGCGUGGCUGUGGGAGAACCACAAAGAAUUAGGCAUCUGAUGUUUUAUGUUUGCUGGAGCCUCACAGCUCUGUCUUCCUCACUUUUUAACUUGCUGUACUAAUUUUAAAUCAGGCCAAGGCACUAGAGCAAAGGCUUUUUUUUUUUUUUUAAUAGCAACUUCACUGAGGUUGACUGAUAAAGUUGAGCUGAGAAUUGAAAUUCUUCUCACCCCCCCACACACAUCCGUCCCAAAACAAGCUUGCCCUACUUCUUAUAAUGUAUGAUAACGCAAGGUUCCGUGUUCUGCUUUUCAAACCUUUAACCCUGUGGUAUUUCUCUUGGCCUUUUCAAUAUGCAGACAAACACGAGGUCGAUCAUGUUUUUCAUAGGAUAUUUUUAAUUUUGGCCUGUUUCAUACACUUUAGAAGAAUAAUGAACAGGUUGAAACUGUCUUGCAGUAGUUGAUCUGACCUCGUGUUAUAGGGAGAGAAAUGCGUCUCAGGUGGCAUGGUGGUGCAGUGGUUAGCACUGUCCUCUAACAGGAGGCAGGUUCUGGGUUCAUGUGGAUUAGGUAGGUCACUUCCAUCCAUCAUCUGUAACCGCUUAUCCUGUUCAGGGUCGUGGGCAAGCUGGAGCCUAUCCCAGCUGACUAUGGGUGAGAGGUGGGGUACACCCUGGACAAGGUCACCCGGUCAUCACAGGGCUGACAUGUAAAGACAACCAACCAUUCACACCUACGGUCAAUUUAGAGUCCCCAGUUAACCUAACCUGCAUGUCUUUGGACUGUGGGGGAAACCGGAGCACCCGGAGGAAACCCACACGGACAUGGGGAGAACAUGCAAACUCCACACAGAAAGGCCUUCGUUGGCCACUGGGCUCAAACCCAGAACCUUCUUGCUCUGAGGCGACAGUGCUAACCACUACACCACCGUGCCACCCAUAUUAGGUCACUGGCUACUUGAAAUUGCCCAUAGGCGUGAAUGGUUGCCCGUGUUAGCCUCGCGAUAGAUUGACGACCUGCCCAGGGUGAACCCUGCCUCCUGCACAGUGUCAGCUGGGAUUGGCUCUAGCUCACCCGCAACCCACAAUGGAUAAGCAGUAUAGAAAAUACAUGAAUGAAUGAAUGAAAUGUGUGUAUUGAUAUGUACAUUGCCUUUUUUAUUUAUUCUAAUAGUUACUGUUUCUUGUUAAGGUCAAAGACGGUGCUGAAUGGUCAUAAUCAGCUUGUUAUAUGAUACAUUUUAAAAAUCUUCAUGUAAUAAAGUGGCCAAAGUCUU